CCAAAUAACUAUCUGGCAACACCAUACUAUAUGGAAUGUCAAUUGACAUUUUGUCAUUUUCUUUCUUUCUUUGUUGAAUCGUCAAACCGAAUAAUCGGUUGAUUAGUUGACAACAUGGUGAACGGACGUAUACCCUCAGUCUUUUCAAAGACUUAUGUCACUCCUCGUCGUCCUUAUGAAAAGGCUCGCUUGGACCAGGAAUUGAAGAUCAUUGGUGAAUAUGGUCUCCGCAACAAACGUGAAGUCUGGCGUGUCAAGUACGCUUUGGCUAAAAUCCGUAAGGCUGCUCGUGAAUUGUUGACUUUGGAUGAGAAAGACGAAAAGAGAUUGUUCCAAGGUAAUGCCUUGUUGCGUCGUUUGGUACGUAUUGGUGUCUUGGAUGAAUCCCGCAUGAAGCUCGAUUACGUUUUGGGCUUGAAAAUCGAAGAUUUCUUGGAACGCCGUUUGCAAACCCAAGUCUUCAAAUUGGGAUUAGCCAAAUCUAUCCAUCACGCUCGUGUCUUGAUCCGUCAACGUCACAUUCGUGUCCGCAAACAGGUAGUUAACAUUCCUUCCUUUGUGGUCCGUUUGGAUUCCCAGAAACACAUCGAUUUCUCUUUGAAAUCUCCCUUCGGUGGUGGCCGCCCCGGUCGCGUGAAGAGGAAGAACAUGAAGAAGAACACUGGCAAGGAUGACGCCGCCGAAGAAGAAGAAGAUUAAACACACAUCUCUUCCUCGUCGUUAUUUUUCUUAAGGAUUUAAAAUAUGUUUACAUCUGUGUUUGUUUGAAAAUGUGGAUGUAAAUUGUGGAAAAAUAAAAGUUGGUUUUUUAAUUUUUUCAAAUUAA